ACCCACUCCAUUAUAUAUACUGAGUCCAACUGAACAAAAACAAACACACUAACGAAGAAAAUGCUCGCCGGCCCCCAAGUCACCAUCAACCGUCCUGCAUGGAUCUCAAGUACUGGAGGCGGCCACCGCUCCUCCGCCCGGUCCCCGCAUCUGCAGCGACGCGUCACUCCUUCCGCCAUCGCCGCUCCUCCGAAGCACUCGACGCCGCCGGCGAAGGCGGAGAUCUUCAGGUCGCUGGAAGGGUGGGCGGCGGACAACGUCCUUCCUUUGCUGAAGCCCGUGGAGAAAUGCUGGCAGCCGCAGGACUUCCUGCCGGACCCGACCCUCCCGGCGGCGGAGUUCGCAGACGAGGUCCGGCUGCUGAGGGAGCGGACGGCGGAGCUUCCCGACGAGUACUUCGUGGUGCUGGUCGGGGACAUGGUGACGGAGGACGCGCUCCCGACCUACGAGACCAUGCUCAACAGGACCGACGGCAUACGGGAUGAGACCGGAUCCAGCCCAAGCCCAUGGGCCGUGUGGAAUCGGGCCUGGACCGCCGAGGAGAACCGCCACGGCGAUCUGCUCCGCACUUUUCUCUACCUUUCGGGUCGGGUCGACAUGGUCAUGGUCGAGCGCACUGUUCAGUACCUCAUUGGAGCUGGCAUGGUAGACCCGGGGACGGAGAACGACCCGUACUUGGGCUCCGUGUACACGUCAUUCCAGGAGCGAGCCACGUUCGUGUCGCACGCCAACACGGCUCGGCUGGCGAAGGAAGGCGGGGAUCCGGUGCUGGCGCGGAUAUGCGGCGUCAUUGCAGCCGACGAGAAGCGCCACGAGCUGGCCUACACCCGCAUCGUCGAGAAGCUGCUCGAGCUGGACCCGAACGGCGCCGUUCUGGCGGUGGCGGACAUGAUGCGGAAGAGGAUCACGAUGCCGGCGCACCUGAUGUACGACGGGAGGGAUCCCAAGCUGUUCAAGCACUUCGCCGCGGUGGCGCAGCGGCUCGGGGUUUACACGGCGGAGGACUACGCGGAUAUACUGGAGUUCUUGAUCGGACGGUGGGGGCUGGAGAAGUUGGAGGAUGGGUUGGACGGUGAAGGGAGGAGGGCGCAGGAGUUCGUGUGUGGGCUCGCGCAGAGGAUCAGGAGGCUGCAAGAGCGAGCCGAUGAGAAGGCGAAGAAGAAGACGGAGGCUGAAGCCGUCAAGUUUAGCUGGAUUUUUGACCGGGAGAUGGUUCUGUAAAAAAGAAUCUAUGUACGUACUGCCUACCGUUCAAUGCCUUUUAGUUUUUGUAAAUUUUCUAUCUUCAACUAGAUUUGAACCCGGCCCAUUGGCCGGAUGCAUUUUAUAAAUGGUAUAAACAACAAUAGCAAUAUGUUCGUAGUAAUAUGGACUUGUUCAGUUGGUCGAA